AUGGAUGUUGAAGCUUUGCUUGAGCAGCUUACGCUGGAGGAGAAGGUGGCUCUCACAGCCGGCAAUGGAUGGUGGCACACACAAACUAUUGAGCGCCUAGGCAUCCAGCCUAUUCGCCUGUCUGACGGCCCCAAUGGUGUGCGCGGCACCCAUUUCUUUGACAGCACUCCCUCCUCUUGCCUCCCUUGCGGCACUGCCAUUGGCGCGACAUUCGACACAGAACUAGUCAAACGCCUGGGUCGUUUGCUCUCAGAUGAAGCUCAUGCCAAGGGCGCCCACGUUAUCCUUGGACCUACCAUCAACAUCCAGAGAAGUCCACUCGGUGGUCGCGGCUUCGAGUCCUACUCGGAGGAUCCCGUGCUUUCGGGUAUCCUCGCCGGCCACUACGUCAACGGAGUCCAGGAGUCUGGUGUGUCUGCUACUCUGAAGCACUAUGUCUGCAACGACAUGGAGAGCGAGCGCAUGGCCGUCAACGCCAUUGUGACGGAGCGUGCCCUGCGAGAGAUCUACCUCCUCCCCUUCAUGAUCGCAAUCGAGAUGGGCAACCCCAGAGCCAUCAUGACAUCUUACAGCCAGCUUAACGGUCAGCACGCUGCAGAGAACAAGCACAUCUUGCAGGAGGUUCUGCGCGACGAGUGGAAGUGGGACGGCCUGAUUAUGAGCGACUGGUUCGGCACCUACAGCACGUCCGAGGCCAUCAACGCUGGUCUUGAUCUGGAGAUGCCGGGACCAACACGCUGGCGUGGCCAGGCACUCGCACACGCCGUGACAUCGAACAAGGUCAAGCGGUCCGUCUUGGACUCGGCCGUGCGUAACAUCUUGAAGCUGGUCAAGCAUGGUCUCGAGAACACAAAGAUCCCGCCAAACGCCCCAGAGACCGAGGUCAACACCCCUGAGAACGUCGCUCUUCUGCGCGAAACGGCUGCCAAGUCGCUGGUGCUGCUGAAGAACGAGAGGAGUAUCUUGCCUUUCGACAAGAACAAGAAGGUCGCUGUCAUCGGACCCAGCGCCAACAUUGCAACCUACUGCGGUGGCGGCAGCGCUGGCCUGAGAGCCUACAAGACUGUCACUCCGUUGGAGGGCAUCAAGGGUCUUGCCAGCGAUGUCGUCUUUUCUCAAGGCGCAUACGGUCACCAGUCUCUGCCUCUUCUUGGAAAGCGCCUUCGCACACCCGACGACAAGCAGCAGGGUUUCGUCCUUCGCAUCUACAACGACCCCCCUGCCCCCAACGGUGCCGCCGACUCUCGAAAGCCCCUCGAGGAGCGCGUCCUCGACGAUGCCAACAUCUGGUUCGUCGACUACGAGAACCCUGACCUUAACCCGCUUUGGUGGGCUGAGACCGAGGGCACCCUUGUCCCGGAGAAAUCUGGAGAGUGGGACUUUGGCCUCUCGGUGCACGGCACUGGCGAGCUGUACGUCGACGGCAAGUUGGUGGUGUCAAAUGUGGAGAACCAGCGACUGGGAAGCAGUUUCCUCGGCUGCGGAACAGUGGAGGAGACGGGACACAUGCAUCUUGAGGCCGGCCGCAGCUACCGCAUCCUUGUGCGCUUCGGCUGCUCUGCCACUAGCAAGAUCAAGCCUUCCGGUACCGUUGAUUUCGGCCAAGGUGGUGUCCGCUUCAGCGGAUGCCCGAGACUGGAGCCCAAGACGGCGAUCCAGGAGGCCGUUGAAGUUGCCAAGAGCGUUGACCAGGUCGUUAUCUGCGCCGGCCUUAGCGGCGAGUGGGAGUCUGAGGGAUUCGACCGGACGACAAUGGCGCUGCCCCCGGGCACCGAUGACUUGAUUGCCGCUGUCGUGGCGGCUAACCCCAACACUGCCGUUGUUAUCCAGAGUGGCACGCCGGUUACCAUGCCCUGGAUUGACCAGGCUGGUGCUGUCGUCCAGGCGUGGUUCGGUGGCAACGAGUGUGGAAACGGCAUUGCCGAUGUGCUCUUCGGAGAUGUCAACCCGGCUGCAAAGCUCCCGCUCACGAUGCCUCGCCGGUUGGCGGACAACCCCGCUGCUUUGAACUACCGUUCCGACAACGGCCGUGUGCUUUACAGCGAAGAUGUCUACGUUGGCUACCGCUGGUACGACACGCUUGAUAUCACUCCCUUGUUCCCCUUCGGCCACGGCUUGUCAUACACCACUUUCAACGUCUCAGACCUCGAGGUAUCACAGUCCUCCGAAGAUAGCGUUACCGUUCGCGUCAAGGUCACCAACACCGGCUCUCGCGCAGGCGCCGAGGUUGUCCAGGUCUACGUCACGCCUGCCGCGCGGACACCCCUUACAAGCACCAUCCGCGAUACCAUCACUCGCGCGGCCAAAGAGUUCAAGGGAUUCGCUAAGGUUACCCUUGAGGCAGGUGCCAGCACCACGGCGGAGAUCACGUUGGAUGUCUUGCGUGCUACUAGUUACUGGGCUGAGCUGGAGGACUGCUGGCGCAGCGAUGCUGGCAACUACGGUAUCUUGGUGGGUACAAGCAGCCGCGGCGAAUUCCUUGAGAAGUCUCUUGAGGUCAAGCAAACAAGGAGAUGGAAGGGCCUGCGGGCCUAG